AAAUAAGCUGUCCUGUCUAGCUGUAGAAUAUUAUAGAAUCCUGGCAGUUGGCCCCAGAAUCAGUCAGUGUCAGAUGAAACGUCUAAACUCCAACAGUUCCAACGGUUCGGGAACACUUCCAACGGCCCGGAGAACAGAAGAGAGUCAUCUUUGGAGCUCCAGACUUAGCUAAGCAUGGAUGUCGGUGAAAAUUCCCUCCCAGACAGCAUCAACCCUAAUAACUUUCCUGCCAAACUAUGGCGUUUAGUGAACAACCCGCUAAAUGACGCCAUCUACUGGGACAAACUCGGCCAGGUGGUCGUCAUUGAUCAGCAUCUCUUCGAGAGACAGAUCUUGUCUCCUAGCAACAUCACCACCCCGGACAACGCUGACUCCUUCAAAACGACCAACUUCUCAAGCUUUGUCCGUCAGCUGAAUCUGUAUGGCUUCAGGAAAGCCGAUCCGGCUGUUAAAGACACCUGGGACAAUGCAGCAUAUCAUCAUUUUUACAACCCAAACUUCCAGCGAGACCAACCUGAACUUGUUGCGAGUCUGAGGAGACUCACUGUCGACAACAAGGCAAAGAUACAAGCUGGUGUGAACGUGAAAAGUCGGCCCCCGAGUCGGUACCUGCGAUACAGUGGGGGUGAUGAUGGCACAGAUAAAAAUGUGAAAAGAGUCAGUACUUCACUGCUUAGCCCCACACAUCAGGAGUCAACUCAUCCUUACUAUCCCAAUAAAGCUCAGCCCAUGACAGCACACAAUGGAACCCCAGUCCCACCACGAUUCCUGAUAAGAGGCCAUGGUGCAGCUCUUUCGCCGACUGUCUUUGCUGCAGACAAAGGGUUACAAGUGUCUUUAAGCCACCACUAUGCUGGGGUAGCCUCAAGCGCCAAUGCCAUGCACAUUCAGCAGAGUUUACUGUCCCGUGCAAACCAUGGAAACCCAAAUUUCCCUUUUACUUCUCCAAAUGCACAAUAUCCGCCUGGCUACUAUUCCCCAGUUUGCCAGUGCUACCAUCAGAACCUUGUGGCAUCACAUAUGGCAGGUAGUGGGAUUCAGACAGGCUCGUUUUCUCCCCACAGUUAUUACCAGGCGAGCUAUCCUGUGAAUAUGUUGUGCCAUGGGGACAACAACCAGGAUAUAAAGAACAUGGAACACCAGGAGGUGAAAAAAUUUGACAUUAACUUGGACACAAUUUUCCAGAUUGCCGAUGAGGUGAUGCAAACUCCGCCCAAUAACAACCUGGUUAGAGUCGUGACCCCAGAGAAGCCAGGCCCUGUGUUAGUGCCGUUCACCUGUAACCCCGUGAUGUAUGACAAACCUGCCAGCACCAUGAAAGCUAACCCUUUGUAUGGAUCCAUUAUAAUGGCUGUGUCAGGCCAUGCUGAUCUAGUCAAAUGCGAACAGCAGGAAGAAUCUGUGGUUUCAGUACCUGACAAAAUGCCUGAAGAUGCCAUAUCCGAGGUUACCGUUGAUGAUGCAAAGGACACGGAGGUUAUAGGUGGCGAGGUUAGCGACAGUCUGAGGGAUACCAGUCAGGCCGAUAACAGCAAAUGGACAGGAAGUACACCAAAUAUUUAGAUCUCAACUUGUUGAUUUGAUUGGCAUGUGACAGGGAGUCUUGAUUCACUUCAGGAUUUGAUCUCAGAUUCUCACUAUUAUCAGACUUUAUUCUCCAUUUUAGUGAGUUUUGUGUAAAAGAUGCGUUCUAUUUUAAAUUUUAUUUCAUUCUUGUAGCAAAAGUAGUUGUAGGCUGUACAUUUGUGUACAGUAUUUGUUUAAUAGCAGUGAUUUUCCUUAUUGUUAGUGACUUUGGAAAAUACAAUAAUUUGAUUAACAAAACAUUAAAAAAAGGUUUUACCUCUAUAUUUUUACCACAGUAUUUUCUAAAAUGUAAGUAUCUUGUAAUGUUUUUAAAGAAUUGUAAUUUUAAGUAUAAUUUAUACAGAUUUGCUACAGUAAAGGCUACCUCUGGCUGUCCCCAUGUAAUGUGCAUGCUUGACUUAGUUUUUAAUAGCAUAACUGGUAGUGUUUGUCAUAGCAAGUUGUAACAAACUGCUGUAAUGGGGGAGAAAAUAUUGAAUAAGUGUAUGAAAAUAUAAUCCUAUUGAUUGUUGAUAUUGAUUGCUUUAUGAUGGUGACCAAGUGGUGGUUGCAUUUCCCCACCUUUUUAUUUUUCCACUGCAUCACUUAAAAGGUGCAGGGUUUUUUGAACGUGUCACUGAAGUGUUUUUUUUUUAAUUGCAAGUGUGUAAAAGUAUUAUAAUUAAAGUUGAAUAUAUGUCCAAUAA